AUGGACAUCCCUCCCCCCAACGAAGGCGAUAUCAAUAUCGGAACCGACACAUUUAGGGCUUGUUGGGCAUUAACAGGUCUUGUCGGCGUUGUGCUGAUUUUCAGACUGGCAAUGAAAGCAUGGGUUCGAUGGGCACUACCACAAGUCUCUGCGCCUGGCAGAGUCUGGGGACUAGAAGAUGGGUUCUUUGUGUUUGGAUAUGCGGCUGAUGUCCUGCAUAUGACAUUGAUACAACACAGUUACAUUUGGGGCCUCGGUCGACAUUUCUUCUAUUUGACUCCAGAGCAGAGAGUGAUGUCGCUAAAGUGGGAUUUCGCCUCCCAGCCAGCUGCUGUUGCCGCGGCUAUGAUAUCACGGACUGGAAUGAUGUGGUUUCUAUUAUCGUGCUUCGCGAAUAGCAAUCGCCGACUCCGCAUUUCCAUUAUCAUCUGCAUGAUUGUGCAAAUCGUCGUUAACUCGAUCACAAUCGUUCAGAUUGUGGUUCAAUGCGGUCCGAAUCCGUACCGGGCUGCCGAUCGAACAAAGUACUUUCAUUAUAUGUGGGAUCCUCUUCCGACUGAUGGAUCGGUGGUAUGCCAAUCGCCAAAGGUGCAGACUACCAUCGGAUUUGUGCAAGGAGGAUUUAACACUGUCAUCGACCUGUACCUAGGCUGCCUGGCGGCCUUUGAGCUAUGGCAGUUCUUUAUUCAGACCCUCGAACGGAACCCCGGCGUGUCGUUCUGGGCGCAGUUUAAGAAAAUCAAUUCAAGUGUCAGGUCGCGUCGGAUAUGGCAGACGAUGACGCUCUGUGGGCCUCUUUUCCUAUCUGGAGCAGCCUCUAUUGUCAAGACUUAUCUGCUUAAAUCGCUAGGCGACAGAGCUGAUUUCACCUAUAAUAUUGUCUCAUUCGUUCUCUGGGUCAAAAUCGAGAACUACAGCAUUCUAAUCGCAACCUGCGCACCCGUCAUCCGCCUCUUCCUUCGCAGCUUCGUCGAUAUGCGCCGCGAGGGUCGAUACGGCGGAUAUCCCUGGAGCCGCUCACACUCCAGCAACAACGAAAACAGCAACAGCAACUCCAACAACCGCAGAGGUAAAGCCCGAACCGGCCCUUCGCACGAUUCCGACGACAUACUCGUGUCGAUACCGGAGAUUGAAACCGAGGAUGAGAAGAACUUUGUCAACGAGAGGAUUCGUCACGAGAACGAGGACUCCUUCGCUGUUCGUGCCCGAGAUAUACCGCUUUUACCACGAAAUAGCAUUAAACCGUCGUCGUCUAGAAGGACGAUUGGCGGUGGUAGUGUGACGGUGAAGACGGAUAUUGUAGUGAAAGUGGAUGAAGAGAGUCGACAUUCGCUGACAGAGACGACGACAGAAGUGUUUCCGAGAGGUGAGAGGGAGAGGGAGAGGGGGGAAAGACAAAUGUCGGUGUUUGCGUGGACGAGUAAUGAUGGACAUGACCGUGUUUGA